GAGAAGGGGAAGGAGCGCGCGUACUUUAAUCAAUUCAGUGGAGUUGCUCCGUCAGAUGGUAUGUCAACCUUCAAAUGAGUGGCAUGUAUUCUUUUCAAGGUUUAACUUUAUACAAUGUCAUUUCGACAAUCCAUCUCUUCCAAAUUUCAUCAAUUUAUCACUCCUAACAAACUAUCAAAAAUGGUCACAAUCCCGCCUGCUCGUUGCGAUUUAGCAUUAGCAAAUUUAGACGAAAUCGAAUCGGAACGUUUACUAAAUGCAGCAACAAAUAACAAAGAAGAAAAAUCCGCCGAAUGUUCCUAUACCACCAAUACCUCUCUUCAGAACCGAAAGGAGAAUCGAUGGACAGAUAUCUUGGCUUAUGAUCAUUCCCUCUUACCGGGCGAUUACCUAAACGCAUCUCUCAUUCCACCUUUCCCUUCAAACCAACAAGAAGGAAAACGGAAAACGUCAUUCAUUGCCAGUCAAGCUCCUUUACCGCAUACCCUAAACACAUUUUACGAAAAAAUUAUUCAAUCAAAAACAAAACUUGUUGUAAAUUUAACACCUUUUCGUGAAAGAGGUAGAACGAAAGCAGAUGAAUAUUGGCCAUUACAACAGGAACAGGUAUUCAAUACGGCAACAGGUAGUGAUGAAUCUAUAGGACAAUACUCGAUCCGCCAGACCAGCGAGUCUACCUUACUGGAUGAAAAGCUCCAGGCAACGCUAUACUCGCUAGAGAUCAAGUCCCAAAAUGGAUACAAUCCACCUUACGAACUCGCAGUCUUACAUGUUACAUCUUGGGCAGAUUUUGGAAAUUAUCCCGAGGAUGUAUUUGACAGACUUUUAAACAUCAUCAAUGAACAACACGGAAAGCUUUCUGCUACUUCGCCAAUCUGGGUACACUGCUCUGCAGGCGUAGGUCGAAGUGGUACAGUGAUUGCUGCUCUGAUGGCGAGAGAAUCGGAUGUGAAAGAUUUGCAAUUGUCCAUCUCCUCACUAACAACGCCCGCACAAGUAAUGGAAGCAAGUAUUGAAGGAGCAACAAAAUUGAUCGAUCAUGAAAGAAGAUAUCGACCUAGAAUGGUUCAAACUGGCGAACAAUUCGAAAUGGUGGCAGUAGUGAUUGCCAAACAAUUAUCAGCAAAUCAGCAUGCAGGCUAACUCAAGAGAUCAUUAAAGAUGCACUUUUUCAUUAAUUUUACAUUAUAAUGCUAUUAUUCCAUAAAGAGCUUGCAGUUUUCAUCUAUAUUGAACCUUAUCUUCUCGAUCUUCCCAUAUCUCCAUCGUCUUCGUCUUCAUCGUCCGCCUCGAUCUGGAACAUUGAAGCUUCUUCAGCCACAUUAUUUGACUGUGAGGCAUUCCUCUUGUUUCCAGCAGUAGGCUUCGGUCUAGUUGGCUGAGAUUGUGAAUUGCUCUUCGAUCUUUGAUUGCUGAUCGGCUGUGCAUCUUCUAUGGGAGCUUGUUGUUGUCUCUCCACUUCUAAAGCUUCUGCUUCUUCCAAUCUCAUAUCUUCCCAAUCUUUUGCCGUUUGUUCACGAUAGAGGUACAAUUGUGCACAAAUGACCACAUCUACCGAAAGUGCAAACAG